UCCGGCAGAGUGACGCUAGGCACGGCGCGUCUAGGAUGCGUCGCUUGCGGGCUCGGGAUGUUCUACGCCGUGAGGAGGGGCCGGAAGACCGGCGUCUUCUUCACCUGGAGUGAGUGCAGAGCGCAAGUGGACCGCUUUCCUGCUGCCAGAUUUAAGAAAUUUGCUACAGAAGAUGAGGCCUGGGCCUUUGUCAGGGGCUCUGCAAGCCCAGAUGUUUCCAAAGGGCAGGAAAAUGCACAGGUAGAGAAAUCACAGGUGAAGACCAGCAAGCGGGCAAGGGAGCCUUUGGGUGAAGGUGAAGAUGAAGACCAUGGAGAGCCGUGGGCAAAGCACACAAGACAGAACAUGGAGCUAGCUGCUCCACUGAGCAAGGACACGUUUUCUUACAUGGGAGAAUCAGUUGUUGUCUACACCGAUGGCUGCUGCUCCAGUAAUGGGCGGAAGCGAGCACGAGCAGGAAUUGGCGUUUACUGGGGCCCGGGCCACCCACUAAAUGUAGGUAUUAGACUUCCUGGACGACAGACAAACCAAAGAGCAGAGAUCCAUGCAGCCUGCAAAGCCAUUUCACAAGCAAAGGCUCAGAACAUCAGCAAGCUGGUUCUGUACACAGACAGCAUGUUCACCAUAAAUGGGAUAACCAACUGGGUUCAAGGCUGGAAGAAGAAUGGGUGGAGAACAAGUGCUGGCAAAGACGUGAUCAACAAGGAAGACUUCAUGGAGCUGGAGGAGCUUACUCAGGGCAUGGACAUCCAGUGGAUGCACAUUCCUGGUCACUCGGGAUUUGUGGGCAACGAGGAAGCUGACAGAUUGGCAAGAGAAGGAGCAAAGCAGUCUGAAGACUGAGUGAGCUUGAGAGCACUCUGGAGACCCAGCUGGUGGCUGUUGUUUCACCCUGGCAUGCAGUGAGUGCGGCAUGGACUGCCACAGUAGGCAAGCAGGCGCACUCUCCAGCUGAGGCAAGACACUCUGAUGACCUGUGCUGCAGCUUGAUUAAAACAUGCCUGAAUACAUCAGAAAGCAAAGAUCGUGAGAUUUCAGCAUUUAUGCUUUAGGGCUUGAUAUUAUUCUUGUUUCUUUUAUUACAAUUUGGCCCAAAACAUUUGAGUUUUGUUUUGACUUUAAGAAGGAAUCAGUAAGUACUGGUUAGAAGAUGUAAACAAGUGGCCUAAAGGUAUUCCAAAAAUGAUCAUUUUCCUUCCAGUUUGCAUGACUGCCUUGUGCCUGUGUGCACGUCACAUAAGAUGCAGCUAUACUGGAACCCAAGUCUUGGGUCUUCAGGAGGGCAAAGUCUGCACACAGAUAACCUCAGUUCCUGGACCACUGUGUAGGAACAGCUUCAAAAACCAAGAUGGUAUGGUGGCUCACACUUUUAGUCUGCGGAUCUCUAUGAGUUCCAGGCAGGACAGCCAGGGCUAUGUUGCGAGAC